AUGAUCCAUAGGGUGGAUGAUAUGUUAGAAGAUAUAUCGACAAAUAAUGAACAAAAUGCAGAAUUCCGUGGUAUAUUGACUCACUUAAAGUCGUUAAUAGUGCAAAGUGAAAAUGAACUUAGAUCGUAUUUUAUUUUGAUAUUAAAUAGCAUCCCUGAUUUUGAUCCACAAAUUAAUAUUGAAAAAAAGAUCCCAUUUCCAUAUUAUGAGGAUGAACAAUUAACAGAAAUGUCUUGGAUCUUAGAUUAUUUUUAUAAUAAUAAUAAUGAAGGAAAAGAACCCUUAAUUGAAAAUACAUUGAUUAAGCAUAGAAGUGCAAAGAUAAUCAAAUCAAUGGCUUUCUUGGAACCAUUUGUUAAGAAAAUUACUGAUAAUAAAAAUGCACCAUACGAACAAGGAAGUAAUGGCAUUUUAAACUACACAGAAGCGCUAGUGGGAUUUAUUGUAAGUGAACAAGGCUUGAUAGAUGAUUUGUAUUCUCAAUCUAUAGAUUUGAAACAAAGCAUCUUAAGUAGAAUUUUAACCCCUGUUAUAAAUUCAUAUUCCAAGUUGGUCCUAGCCAAUAUAGAUGCUGUAGAGUCAAAUAAAGAAAAUAUUGGUUUGUAUAGCUUUGAAUUAGUGGAAUCUGUACAGAGAAUUAUAAGGACACUUCGUUUUGAUCAAAAACUACAAAGAAAUGAUAAUCUUUCAGUUUGUUUGAAACAAAUACAUCAGUUGGCAAAGUCUUUAUUUAAAGACACGAUUCAACAAAUCCAGAAUAAAGUCAAUAGUCUUAAUAAGAUACCCAAUGACAAUGGUGUUGCAGAUUCUACGGUGGCUGCAGUGUCUGUUUUAAGGAGAUUCGGUAAAUAUAAACAAGGUUGUUUAAAAGCAGUGGCAGGUAUGACCAGAGAUGAAUGGUUAGUUGUUCAUUUACAAGACAAAGAGGCUACAUAUGUUAAAGGAUCGCUAGAUAUCAAUUUCAGUAAUGUGGCAUUACUCUCUUGUUUCUUUAGUGACUGUAUUGAUAUUUUAGUAGUUUUGUUAGAGAAAAGGGCUCAACACAUUUUAGUUGAUACAGAAGGAGGUUCUUCUAAUAAGUAUAAACAGCGUAUAGGUUUUUUCAUUCUUAGUAACAUGACUAUGAUUGAGGAGAUUUUGGAGAGAUCUGAGUUGCAAUCUAUUCUAGGAGCCGAAGGUAAAAUUAGACUAGAUAAAUUGAAAAAGAGAUAUAUUGGUUAUAUGAUUGAAGAUUGGAGAAGUUUAACCAUUAAUUUAAUGGAUUCUAUUCAUAUUGAUAGCACUGGUAAAAAGUUAAAAGAUAAGGAACAAAUUAAAGAGAAGUUCAGAAAGUUCAAUGAAGGUUUUGAAACUUUAGUGUCUACGACUUCGCAAUUUAGACUGAAUAGUCAGGAUCUUAAACGUACACUGCAGAAUGAGAUAUUGUCACUUAUUUUACCAAUGUACCAGAGAUUUUACGGGAGGUAUAAAGACAGUUUCAAGAAUCCUAGAAAGCAUAUUAAAUAUACUCCUGAUGAAUUGGCAGAUGCUAUUAAUCACAUGAUUAAAUAA